CAGAGAUGUUGUUCGUCAUGUGAUUUACCUGUGUCCCACCGUGCAGUGUGGAGGAAUGGCUGCUGCUGCUGGGACUGGGAGGCCGCUCGCGUUUCAUUGGCCCCAGCAGUUCUUCUUUCCUCCCUUUAAGUUUUCGCGGUAUGGAAAAAUGGUGGUGAAUGUAAAGACUGGAGAUGAGAAACACAACCUCAGUCAGCUGUUGGACUGGCUCAAUGACACACUGCAAGCCACUUUCAGUCAAGUGGAGCACACCUGCUCAGGUGCUGCUUUUUGUCAGUUGAUGGACAUCAUUCAUCCUGGAUCUAUCGACAUAAAUAAAGUGAAGUUCACAGCAAAAGAGAACACGGACAUCUUGAAUAAUUUCAAUCUGCUACAGGAAGCUUUCAACAAAGCACAAAUCAAGAAAGAACUAGAACUGAAAUUGUUGGUGAAUGGAGACACACUAAAAACAUUAGAUUUGCUUACAUGGUUCAAAAAUAUGUAUGAUCUCAAUUUUGCAAAGCAGAAGUAUAGCCCUCAGGAGGUUUUUGUUGAGGAGGAAGAGGUGUCAUUGGAAUCAAGCAGAGAGUUUGGAAUGUCUAAGAAGGAAGAACAUUCUUCAACACUCUACAGUCCUGUAGAAACAAAGUGUCUAAACCAGAAAAUGAUAAAUGCUAAGAAGGUGUCACAUGAGUCUUUCUCCUGGAUGUGUUUCACCAGAAAGUAUUGCCCAUCUACCUCAGCUGAUGCUGGAUCAAACUGUACCAAUAGCAAGUACAGUCUAGUAUUAGGCAAGAAAUACUGGGAAGAUGUUACAGCGUCCUGCAGUCAGACUCCAUACUGCCUUUAUUUAUACCAUGCGGUGGAGCUUGAGGACGAGAAAGAGGCCAAUGUGGUCCUGUUGGGCUUUUUUGACAAAGCUACUGGGGAAAACAAGAUCAGACUGCUUAGUGUUCUUCAUCCGAAGGAACAGACUGCUGAUGCCAUCUGUACCGGCAUUGUGGAGAUGCUGAGGAAGUUCAGAAUACCUCUAAUGAAUAUGGCAAUAUUUUAUUCAAAUUUCCCAGAUCAUGAACAUCUUCUCGCUGGUCUAAAGCUGCUGAAACCUGAGAUUGUAUCUUUAUGUGGACUUAGAGAUAUGGCAGGACAAGCAUGCCAUAAUGGUGUCAUGAAAAUGGAGUUUUCUGGCCUGAUUCUGAAUCUCAUCACAGAAAUCUACAAACACUUUCCAUCUUUCCCAGCUGCUCUACAAAACUUGCUUGAAGAUGUUGAGGGGUCAAACUUCAAUAAUCUCCUUACGUCUCAAUGCUCUCUCUUCUGGAGAAUAAUCCAGAAAAUGACUUUAGCUUGGUCAGACCUUGAGAAAUACUUUGGAUCUCUGGAUACAGACGAAAAAGCAAUCUGUCGUCAUCUUAGCGAUCCCAAAAUAAGACUCAGCGUUCUCUUUCUUAACCAUGCUUUGCAACCGCUUUGUGAUUUUCAGGAGAGUUUCGACCGAGGUGUCAGCGUGACACAGCUGCUCCAAGAUGCUUCUCAAUUAGUGAGAUUUUACACAGCGAGUUUCCUCAGACCGAAAGCAGCGGAGUUUUUUCUUAGGAGAAGAAAGACAUCACUUGUACAGGACACAGUGGGACAUUUACCUAGAGGAGAGGUUCAAGUUGGCAAACAUGCUGCUGAUUUUUUCCUGCAGUGCUCUGCGGAGUUGUCUGACUACUUGGAGACGUUCCACAGUUCCAUCAUCUCCUUCUACACAACUGUUACUGUUAAUAUUGUUGAACGUUUACCCCUCCCAGACUCCACCCUGAGAAACUUGUCAUUAGUGUUGAGUCCAGGAAAAAAGCUUGAGGUGACUGGCAAAGUCGUCCAAGAUUUAGGUGUCUGUUUUGGGGUUUGCUCAAGCCCUGAGAAUGUCAGCUUGCUCACAGAUGAGUUUUUGGAGUACCAGUUCAUUGAUGAGGGUGACGCACAUCCAGCUGACCAGUCAGUGGAGCAGUACUGGAAGACCGAGCUGAGGAUUAUGGGAAGGACAUCUAGUUUUGGGAAAUUAAUCGUUAGCUUGUUGGCCCUGCCCAAAACAUUGAAAAAAAAGAUCAUUUUUGAACAGAUGAUUCAACAAGCUGACAGUUUCACGGAGUGGAAAAUGAAGGACUGUGAGGAGAAGGACGUGGCUGAGGACGAUGUCACAGACAGCAGCUCAUAUAAAAGCGCUCCAUCACAUCUCAGCCCAGAGACUCAAGGGAGCAUCACAUCUGAUAUCAUUGACUUAACGGAAAUGGACGACAUUGCGCCAAUGGAAGUGGAGGACAUUUCGCCUCUGGAAGUGGACGAUAUUGUGCCAAUAUCUUCUGAUUCAGACACAGAAAGCCAACAUAACACCGAAGGGGAUCAGCCAUACGUGUCUGUAAUCUUAGGUGAUGAUGAUGACGAUGAAAUCACUGAUGAUGACGAUGAUUACAACUCUGAUGCUGAUGAUGUCAUAUGGAAUUAUUCGAAAAGAAGAGAAAAUACAUCUUCAACACAAAAUGAUGAGAAAACAGACAGUUCAUACCAGGAUGGUUACACAGUUGGCGAGAUGGUUUGGGGGCCAAUUGAGGGCUUUGGUCUUUGGCCCGGACUAGUUCAGAGCUGGGACAGCAAGAGGCCUUGUGGCUCCAUGCGUAAAGUGAUUUUCUUUGGGAACAGAGUACUAUCAGAGAUCCAAGCUGAUGAUCUCCUGCCCUUCUUUUCAUUUGCGAAGUGCUUCUGUUCUAAUUCCUUCGCUACGGUAAAGGCGUAUAAAGAUGCAAUCUUCAGUUCUCUGCAGGUGGCAUCCAGACGCAGUAGAAUGUUUUUUUCUCCUGAGACGGACUCUACAGAUGAGCUGCUUAGAGUUAUGUUGGAUUGGGCCUUUGGAGGCUUUGAACCAUCGGGUCCAGAUGGACUUCAACCUCAACCUCAAUCAGAAUACAGUGACAAGAUUUAUAUGCCUCAAUCAGUGAAUGGGGACAUGGGAAACCACAAAGACCAUACAGGAAAGUUAUUUCAAUUAACUGUGUCUUUAAAUAAACUCCCUGAAUCUCUGGACCUGCAUGAUGGCUCAAUAGACCUUGGGACAACAGAUGCUUACAGAAAACGCAUGUAUCCAAAAUGGAAUCAGAGAUCCUUGCAGACCGUGAAGACCCGUAGAAAACAAAAACAUGCACACCAGAAUAAGCAACAAAAUACUAAACCAGUCAUACAGAUCGAGUCCAGACAGAACAGCCAAAAAAGACAUCAAAUGGUGCAUGAAUUUCUGAAAAACAAACGAAACAUUGAAGAGUUCUGCUUAUCAUGUGGGAGUAUGCCUGUUGAAAUCAUCCACCCACUCUUCGAAGGAAGGCUGUGUGCGAACUGCAAGUAUAAUUUCACGGAGACGCUUUACCGUUAUGAUGAAGAUGGCUAUCAGUCGUACUGCACCGUGUGCUGUUCAGGCAUGGAGGUCAUUUUGUGCGGCCACGAAAGCUGUUGUCGCUCCUAUUGUGUGGACUGUCUGGAUAUCCUAGUGGGUGAGGGGACAUUCGACCAGCUGAAAAAUGUGGACCCGUGGACUUGUUACCUGUGUGCACCUGAGAGCAGCUCUGGAGCCUUGAAGCCCAGGCAUGACUGGAGCAUCCGUGUGCAGGAAUUCUUUGCCAACAACAGUGCCAUGGAGUUUGAGCCCCAUCGUGUUUACCCAUCAAUCCCCGCUAACCUGCGACGUCCAAUCAGAGUCCUUUCCUUAUUUGAUGGUAUAGCCACAGGAUACCUCGUUCUGAGGGAUCUUGGCUUCAAAGUGGAAAAAUAUGUGGCCUCAGAAAUAGAUGAAGAAUCAGUUACCAUCUCUAUGGUCAACCAUGAUGGAAAAAUCACUCAUGUGGAUGAUGUUAAGAACAUUACAAAAGAGCAUAUUAAGAAAUGGGGCCCGUUUGAUCUUCUCAUCGGUGGAAGUCCGUGUAAUGACUUGUCCAUAGUCAACCCUGCCCGUAAAGGCUUGUUUGAGGGCACUGGGCGGCUCUUUUUCGAAUAUUAUCGGCUGCUGAAUGUUAUGAAGCCGAAGGAGGACGACCCACGACCGUUCUUCUGGCUGUUUGAGAACGUGGUGUUCAUGCAAACCAGAGUUAAAGCUGACAUUUGCCGCUUUCUGGAAUGUAACCCUGUGCUUGUUGAUGCUGUGAAAGUGAGUCCAGCUCACAGAGCAAGAUACUUCUGGGGGAACAUACCUGGGAUGAACAGACCAAUCAUAGCAUCUCCGAAUGAUAAACUCCGUCUUCAGGAUUGUCUGGAGGCCGGUCGCACUGCAAAGUAUGAAAAAGUUCGCACUAUCACUACACGGCCAAACUCACUGAAGCAGGGCACCAAUGAUGCGCAUUUCCCCAUCACCAUGAAUGGAAAAGAUGACAAUAUAUGGGUCACAGAAAUGGAGAAAAUAUUUGGAUUUCCGAAGCAUUACACGGAUGUCAAAAACAUGGGGCGUAUGCAGAGGCAGAGAGUGCUGGGGAAGUCCUGGAGUGUCCCUGUCAUAAGGCAUCUUUUAGCACCACUAAAGGAUUACUUUGCUUGUGAUGAGGUCCCCUUGAAAUGAACAGUUUUUAUAAUCAGUUUUAAUCUGUUUCUGUCAGUGUGAAAAGACUCAGGGACAUGAGAGUUUGUUGCUUUUAAUUGUUGUACCUUUUUUAACCAAAAUGUUAUGACUGAAGAAUUGUAUUGAAUAAUAGAAAGAAAGAAAGUUAAUUCCAUUUUAUCGAAUGAUGCAUCAAAUCACAGGUCACUUUUUAAAACUUUUUUUUUUUUUUUUUUUUUCCCUCAAUUUGUAAUCAAGUUAAGCUACAAAUGGAUUGACAAAUUUGGAAUUGAGCAAAAUGAAUAAACCUGGUAAAUGUG